AUUCUGAUACCUCCCGGACUGGCUAUUUCGAGAACCAAAUGCCAAAAUAAAUGAGGGGAUGGAAUAUCAAGAAUACCCAAUCGUUUUUAAAUAUUUUCCUUUUUAGUACAAAUUGAAUUGUAACGGAAAUUUCACCCCAACUUCACCCAAUUGCCUUUGCCGAAAGAAGCUUCCUGCCUUUCAUAUUUUGCAACGACUCCGUAGUUCUUUGCAACAAGGCCCAGCAAAUGGAAAACAAGGGUUCAAAUGAUGACGACAACGCCACCAUCAGCGACGUUUCCGUCGAAGUAAAUCCUGCUAAUUCUUCCCCAACCCCAGACUCUCAAACUAACAAUGAUCCCGGCGAUAGUGACAGCACCGAAGCUUUAGCCAAAGCUUUAUCCUCGAUGCUUACCUCUCUCAUCAAAGACUUCGAUUCCAAAGCCCACGACACUCUCUCCAGCCAAGACCUCCUUAGUUCCUCAAUUGAUCGUCUUACUCGAGAGCUUGAUCAAUUACUGGAAGAUGCUCCGUUGCCCUUCAUAAUGCAACAUGCUGCCAAGUUUUCUAAUGUUAGAAAGAGAGUUUUCUCAUUGAAUUUGCUUUUGAAAUCCAUACAGCGGCGGCUUGAUAAUGUAGACCGGAUGCUAUCAAUGGGCUUGCAGCAUGAGAAGACUGCCACAGAAGAUUCCUGACAACAUCAAACUUGGCUGUGUAUUUUUGUCCCUGUGGACUUGCUCAAAUGUCAAAGGAUAUGGUGUUGUUUCAGCAGGAUGGGAGAAGACUAGAAUUGGUCAUGCACAUUUCUCUACAAUUUGGAGGAUAGACCAGCAAUCAGCUGACAAGAUUGUAGGUGCUCUGGUUUUUCCUUUUCCCAUUUGAUCAGUUGAAUUCAACUCAAGCAUUGGGUGGUGAGAAACUCAGAAGUGCAAGCUGACUCAAGCUUUUCAAAUGUUCAUCUGUGAAAACGGAGGAACAUUUUGUAGUGUGAUGGGGUUGGCUGUAUGUAAUUCCUUGACGACAUACCAACACAAAAAUAUUGGCAUGUUUUGAACUUAAAAUGAAAAUAUAGCAGGAAUACUAACUAUAAUUUAUGUACUAGCAUUCAACUCUCUUAAGAAAAUCUAAAAUUGUAAAUUUGUAUAAGUUUUAAAA